CCAGCCAACCAAGCGCUCUGUUGAAUCAACCGUCUGAACUGUGCGCUGCUCUUCUCUGUCGUUCUCACCUGAUGAACGUGCAGUCACGGUUAAGAAGAAACAUGUUCGACGUGACGAAUACUCUCUGACGGAGGCCAAACUCUGAGGUGGAGGAGGCUGUAAAGAGGCCCCAAGGGGAGCCUCCAACCCUCCCUACCUGACCAGUGAUACACAUCAGACUACCAUGGCUCCUCGGAAACGUGGGGGAGGCGGCGGUCGUGGUGGUCUCUCCUUCAUGUUCUGCUGUUUUAACAGCAGCGAUCACCCUGAGAUCACCUACAGGCUGCGGGAGGACUUUGCCCUGCAGAGUAUGGAGCCAUCACUGCCGAUGCCAGGAUAUGAUGAGCUGGACAACAUGUUCUCUGAGCUGGUUGAUGAGCUUGACCUUACAGAGAAGCACAGAGAAGCCAUGUUUGCCCUGCCUGCAGAGAAGAAAUGGCAAAUCUACUGCAGCAAGAAAAAGGAACAAGAAGAAAACAAAAGUGCAACAAGUUGGCCAGAAUAUUAUAUCGAUCAGCUGAAUUUGAUGGCAGCUAGAAAGUCUCUUCUCGCUCUGGAGAAAGAAGAGGAGGAGGAGAGAAACAAAAUUAUAGAGAGCUUGAAGACAGCUCUGAGGACUCAGCCGAUGAGGUUUGUAACUCGCUUUAUAGAUCUGGAUGGCCUGACGUGUAUCCUGAACUUCCUGAAGAGUAUGGACUACGACACCACAGAGUCGCAGAUCCACACGUCUCUGAUCGGCUGCAUCAAAGCUCUGAUGAACAAUUCGAAGGGCCGCGCCCACGUCUUGGCUCACUCCGAGAGCAUCAAUAUCAUCGCUCAGAGCCUGGCCACUGAGAACAUUAAGACUAAGGUGGCAGUGUUAGAAAUAAUGGGGGCUGUAUGUCUGGUGCCUGGUGGGCACAAAAAGGUCCUGCAGGCCAUGUUGCACUAUCAGCGUUAUGCCUGUGAGAGAACGCGCUUCCAGACACUUAUAAAUGAUCUGGACCGGAGUACGGGACGAUACAGGGACGAGGUCAGCCUGAAAACAGCCAUCAUGUCUUUUAUUAAUGCUGUGCUGAGUCAGGGAGCUGGAGAGACCAGCCUGGAAUUCCGUAUCCACCUCCGAUAUGAGUUUCUUAUGCUGGGGAUCCAACCUGUGAUCGAUAAGCUACGUUCACAUGAAAACUCUACGUUAGACAGGCAUUUAGACUACUUUGAGAUGCUGCGGAACGAGGAUGAGCUGGCUUUAUCCAAACGAUUUGAGUCGGUGCAUAUAGACACCAAAAGUGCCACACAAGUUUUUGACCUCAUUCGCAAGAAGAUGAACCACACGGAUGCACACCCGCACUUUAUGUCUGUGCUGCAUCACUGUCUGCUCAUGCCACACAAGAGAAGCGGCAACACGGUACAGUACUGGCUGCUGUUGGACCGUAUCGUCCAGCAAAUAGUCUUGCAGAGCGAUAAAGGUCAUGACCCAGAUGCUGCACCUCUGGAGAACUUUAACGUGAAGAACGUCGUCAGGAUGCUGGUCAACGAAAACGAGGUCAAACAGUGGAAAGAACAGGCAGAGAAAAUGAGGAAAGAGCACCAUGAGCUUCAGCAAAAGUUUGAGAAGAAGGAGCGUGAAUGUGAUGCCAAGACACAGGAGAAAGAGGAUAUGAUGCAGACACUCAACAAGAUGAAAGAAAAGCUGGAAAAGGAAACAAACGAGCACAAAAACGUCAAACAGCAAGUGGCUGAACUCACCGCACGGCUGCAUGAACUCAGCACCAGGCAGGCAGCAGCUGUUGUUCCCGGAGGUCCUCCUCUUGCACCCGGCCCCCCCGGCGGCCCUGUCCCACCUACACCAGUGCCAGGUUUUGGAGGCAUGAGCUCUCUUCCUGCACCCCCUCCUCCUGGUGGUAUGAUGCCUCCUCCACCUCCCCCACCCCCUCCACCAGGUGGUCCCCCACCUCCGCCAGGACGCGCACCUGUCGGAGGCAUCCCUCCACCGCCAGGGGCACCCCUGGGAUCGUCUCUGAAGAAGAAGAACAUUCCUCAGCCGACCAAUCCACUCAAGUCUUUCAAUUGGUCCAAGUUAGCUGAGAACAAGCUCGAGGGCACCGUUUGGAUGGAUGUGGACGAUACCAGAGUUUUUAAAGUCCUGGAUCUGGUGGACAUCGAAAGAACUUUCUCAGCUUAUCAGAGACAGCAGGACUUCUUAAUGAUCAGUAACAGCAAACAGAAAGAGGCGGAAGACGACACGUUGAACUCCAGGAAAGUCAAGGAGCUGUCGGUCAUCGAUGGUCGUCGAGCUCAAAACUGCAACAUCCUCCUCUCUCGAUUGAAGCUUUCGAACGAGGAGAUCAAGAGAGCCAUUCUAACGAUGGACGAACACGAGGACCUUCCCAAAGACAUGCUGGAGCAGCUGCUGAAGUUUGUUCCAGAGAAGAGCGAUGUGGAUCUCCUGGAGGAGCACAAGCACGAGCUCGAUCGAAUGGCCAAACCUGACCGCUUCCUUUACGAGAUGAGCAGAAUAAACCACUAUCAGCAAAGACUGCAGUCGUUAUACUUCAAAAAGAAGUUCGCAGAGAGAAUCGCUGAGAUCAAACCCAAAAUUGAAGCUUUGACCAAGGCAUCCAAGGAGAUGUUACACAGUAGAAACCUGAAGCAGCUGUUGGAGGUGGUGCUGGCUUUUGGAAACUACAUGAACAAAGGUCAGAGGGGCAACGCUUACGGCUUCAAGAUGUCUUCACUCAACAAGAUCGCUGAUACCAAAUCCAGUAUCGACAAAAACAUCACUCUGCUGAACUACCUGAUCACCAUCCUGGAGAAGAAAUAUCCCAAAGUCCUGACAUUCCAGAACGACCUGCAGAACAUCUCGGAGGCAGCCAAAGUCAACAUGACGGAGCUGGAAAAAGAUAUUGGAAACCUACGCAGUGGCUUAAAAAGUGUUGAGAGUGAGUUGGAAUACCAGAAGAAACGACCACAAGAUAUUGGAGACAAGUUUGUAUCCGUAGUGAGCCAGUUCAUCACGGUGGCCAGCUUCAGCUUCUCCGACGUGGAGGACUCUCUGACAGAAUCCAAAGAACUGUUCCUCAGGGCGGUGAAGCACUUUGGGGAGGACACCGGCAAGAUGCAGCCGGACGAGUUUUUUGGCAUCUUCGACCAGUUCCUGCAGUCGUUCUCAGAGGCUCAGCAGGAAAACGAGAACAUCAGAAAACGCAAGGAGGAGGAGGAGAGAAGGGCCAAAAUGGAAGCUCAGCUGAAAGAACAGAGGGAGAAGGAGCGGAAGGCCCGGAAAGCAAAAGCAAACGGCGAGGACGACGGGGGUGAGUUUGAUGACCUGGUGUCUGCGCUGCGAUCAGGUGAGGUCUUCGACAAGGACUUGUCCAAGAUGAAGCGUAAUCGCAAGCGGCUCAACAACCAGAACUCCGACUCGGGCAGGGAGCGACCGCUCACAAAGCUCAACUUCUAGACGUCAUCCAUCGGUUCUGCCCGCUCCUUUCCCUCUGCGCCGGUUUGUCUUCAGGUCGAACAGACCCGCACAUUCCUCUGCGCCCUCAUCCUCUACCACCCAGCUCAGCUUGAACCAACCACAGCCUCAAACACUAAACAUUUAGACUCUAUCCUCUUAGUUGUUGAUGUGAGACAGAGCAGAAGCCAAAAGUUGAUCAAGUUUCACCAAAUCCCCUCCGAUGGUUCAGGUGAGGCUGCCAUGCUGGAAAAAGAGCGUCCCUCCAGGCGUGGGAUUCGCUCAUGAUUGUUGAACAGGUUUUGUACUGGAGUAUCUAUGCACAAAGUGAAACGUGCAGCUUCUAGACUCCUUCAGAUCUGGAUGCUUAGUCCUUUUAGGACCAUUAAAAAAAAUCGAAGGGCCAUUUGUACAGACUGAUUUCACAGAUGGAGAGCCGCUCUAAAGACUUACUCUGCUGCAGCCAGAAACAUCCCGGGACUGAGACUCUGCCACGUUAGAUUUGAUUUCAACUGCAUCACUUUUUUUCUGUUCUUUAUCAACGAGCAGCAUUUCUUAUACAUAUGUUUCAUUUGAGCAUUUUGUUUUCUAAGAGCUGGCCUUGACUUUGUUGAUUUUUAAUUGUUGGGUGGGUGCUCUCACAGGCCUGGGUCUAACCUGCAGCCUCUGUGAACGCUCGUGUCACAGACGACAUUCAUUCAAAUGUGCACAUAGAAAUGUAGAAUUAUUACGGUAGAUGCAAUUCAAGUAACUCGGCUCUUGCAAUACAAUUUCGCGCCCAUCCCUGACGAGAGCGCCCUCCUUUAUUGUAUUCAUCUGAACAGAUUAUAUGUUUUCUGCACACUGGCUGGAUUUACACAGUGUUAAGAAAAAUCUGGUCUAAAGUAGCUUCUGAUUUGUCCCUUCAGCUGUGAAUCCAUCCAGUGUCGCACUCCUCCACUGAACUUUUAUAAUUUAAAUACUGCCUUCCAUU